AUGAUCGAUCUGUUUAUGCCCUUUCGGGCAUUUUUGAAGUUUGAAAAUGUGUGUACGGAUAACAAUGUGUUUCGUAUGCACUAUAAAGUGACUGUGAUUAUGUUACUUGUGUUCACGUUGUUGGUGACUUCGAAGCAGUUCUUCGGAGAGCCCAUUCACUGUAUGAGCGACAGCGAGAAGGACAGUGAUAAAGACGCCAUCAACAGCUACUGCUGGAUCUACGGCACCUACACUCUGAGAAGCCGAUUUGUCGGUGUGGAAGGCAAGCACAUGGCCUACCCAGGUGUGGGCCCCAACAAGUCUGAGAAUGAUGAGCAAAUCAAGCACACUUACUACCAGUGGGUGUGCUUUGUGCUGCUCGGCCAGUCUGUCAUGUUCUACACUCCAAGGUACCUGUGGAAGAUCUGGGAAGGAGGGAGACUCAAGGCUCUGGCUUCUGAUCUGAGUAGCCCUGUGGUAACCAAGGACUGGUCAGAGUUCCGGCGUGGAGAGCUGGUCUCCUACUUGAGCUAUACCAACAUACAUACACACAACAUGUAUGCCCUGCGAUAUGCCUUCUGUGAGAUACUCAACCUUAUCAAUGUGGUUGGCCAAAUAUUCCUGCUGGACAUAUUCCUGGGUGGUGCAUUCCGCAAUUACGGUGCAGCUGUGGCGGCGUUCACGCACACCCCGCGUGUUCCAGCCAACAUGAUCGACUUUGCAUCUGUCAAUCCUAUGGAUCAAUUUUUCCCCAAACUUACCAAAUGUUGGCUCCGUAGUUAUGGUCCUUCAGGCACCUUGCAGAUUAAAGAUCGCCUCUGUGUUCUCCCUCUGAACAUAGUCAAUGAGAAGAUCUUUGUGAUUCUCUGGUUCUGGCUUAUAAUUUUGGCUUUUGUUUCUACUUUAUCGGUUCUGUUUCGUGUUCUUGUGCUUUCUCUUCGCCCUCUCCGCUCACUAAUGAUUGCCGGUCAACUGAGAUAUGUGAAGAAAAGUACGGUAUCGCGUAUUGUGAAGAAAUUUGGUUAUGGCGACUGGUUCAUACUGUACUUGUUGGGCAAAAACAUGAACCCUAUCAUUUACAAGGAUUUGAUCGUAGAACUUUCCAAAGAAUUAGACCAUAAGACUGUUAUGGUCUAA